AUGGCGUCCCAAGAUGAAGUUGACGUCUGUGAAAGUUGGGAGGAUAUGGACGAAAUUGGCUUAGAGCACAAGAUACAUCUCAUGUCCACUGUGCCUCCAGCCACAACACUAAGAACUUGCAAGGUUACGAACGUAAUUGUGGAAGAUAGCGCGUGUAUAGGCCCACAGUGUAUAAUGCCAGAGCCAGCGAUACGUAUAUUAAAGCGGCCUUCCUCCACGGCUGGGGGUCAGCUCAAUGGAGAGAACAGAGCUCGUCCAGUUAAAACUUUAGAACAGAGACAAAAAGAAUAUGAAGAAGCAAGAUUACGUAUACUUGGGGAAGCGAGGAGUCCAGAAGAUGUCAUUGACGAUAAUCUGACCCGGUUGCAAGACAAACUACAAGCAAACAAUUUGAGUGACAAUGCAAAGUCGUCAAAGAACUGUCAAAACGAAACCAAAGGAAAAGAGCGGAAGGUACUCGCAAGGCUAUCACCUGGUGCUGCUGCAUCAGGUAUAUUUCCGUCCCCACCGCCUCCCGGUGUACUUGUGAUACGGACGCCACGGGGUCCAGAUGGAACCAAAGGCUUUAUACGGAGGUAG